AUGAGCGCCGGGCAGGCCGCGGGGGAGGAGGCGGACGCUGCCGCCGCGUCCCUGGCGCUUCCCAGGGUGCUUUCGGCGCUCUUCUACGGGACGUGCUCCUUCCUCACCGUGCUGGUCAACAAGGCGCUCCUUAGCGCCUACAGCUUCCCAUCACCAGUGUUUCUUGGAAUUGGACAGAUGGCAGCCACUAUACUUAUCUUGUAUGUGUCAAAACUAAAUAAGGUUGUUCACUUCCCUGAUUUUGACAAAAGUAUCCCUGUGAAGUUGUUUCCUCUGCCUCUGAUUUAUGUUGGAAACCACUUAAGUGGAUUAUCAAGUACCAGCAAACUCAGUUUGCCGAUGUUUACAGUGCUCAGGAAGUUUACCAUUCCACUUACUUUACUGCUGGAAAUCAUCAUACUUGGGAAACGGUACCCACUGAAUAUUAUAGUCAGCGUAUUUGCCAUCAUUCUUGGGGCUUUCAUAGCUGCUGGGUCUGAUCUGUCUUUCAAUCUGGAGGGCUACAUCUUUGUGUUGUUAAACGAUAUAUUCACAGCAGCAAAUGGAGUUUAUACAAAGCAGAAAAUUGAUCCAAAGGAGCUGGGAAAAUAUGGUGUCCUGUUUUAUAAUGCUUGUUUCAUGGUGAUUCCAACAGUUAUCAUUAGCUUUUCUACUGGAGACUUUCAGCAGGCAACACAUUUCCAGCACUGGACAAAUUUUUUAUUUGUCUUUCAAUUUAUUCUUUCCUGCUUCCUGGGGUUUCUCUUGAUGUAUUCUACGGUCCUGUGCAGUCAUUACAAUUCUGCGCUCACAACAACAAUUGUUGGUGCCAUCAAGAAUAUAUCUAUUGCUUACAUUGGAAUGUUGAUUGGUGGAGAUUACAUAUUUUCCAUGUUAAACUUCGUAGGGCUAAAUAUUUGUAUGGCAGGAGGACUGAGAUACUCAUUUUUAACAUUAAGAGGAAGCAUCAAGCCUGCACAACCUGGGGAUGAAGAGAAUGCACUUCCAGUGUCAAAGAGUUAGACAAAAUGCCUGCCUUGAAAGAGACUGACGAUUCAAGUUUGUUUGGCACUGCCAAGAAAGAGACUGCCUUGAAAGAGACUGAAGAUUCAAGUUUGUUUAGCAUUGCCAAGACCUUAAAUAAUGCUGGAACAUAUUUGGAACAAUAAAAAAAAUCUACCUCAGUUGUCACAGACAUGCACAGAAUUCACAGGCUCAGAAAUAUUCUUGCACACAUUUUUUACAUGUAAACUAGUUUGAUUUUAGCUUUUUUUUUUUAACUCUGCAAGCCAUUUAUAGGAAGGAAUGCUAUGAGCAAAUCUCAAGUUGUAAAUGUCUGCAUUUACCUCUACUUGGGUGCUAUUUCAGUGAGAUCUUUUCAGUCCUGUUUUGGUGACUGCCUGAAGUUUCUUGAGGCAAAACUCCCUGUAAAGAUCAUGAGGCUUGACUCACCAUUGCCUUAUGCCAUAUGCAUUCCUUGACAUCAGUGAGGAGAUGAAAGAUCCUAGAGGUUCAGAUUUAUUUCAUGCAUGUAUUUGCUCUUAGGUAAGUGAUAUAGAACAUAUGGGGCAAUGAGGAUAUUUGUCCCUAGAUUGUUCCCUGUGUAAGUGUCAAUCAGAAAAUUCAGUCUAUGUCUGUGUCUGCAUUCUGUCUGUGUUUUUCUCAUCCUGAAUCACACUAUGGUGUUCUGCAGCAAUUGUCACUGUUAUGAAUGAACCCUCAUAACUUUGCAGCAAAUCAAGGAGAGUAGGGAAAUUACAGGGGAUUUUUUAAUAUUUAAAGAUUUUUGUGUGUGUGUGUCUGUGUGUCUGUGAGCCAGUGCCAACAAGUCUGGUUUUGUUAAGGUACAUUUUUCUUUUUAUAUCACAGAGCCCUCCUCUCACAUUUUGUCUGUAACCACCUCGCUGCAGAGAAGUGGUGCUACUAUCUACAAACAUAGUAGGGAAGGGAAACAUAGAUAUGUGGAAGACUGACUUGUGUUUAAAUAAGGAGAAAUGGCUAGUGUCCUGUUGUGUCUUAUAUAUACAGUAAAAGCUUGUCUGGUUUAUACUUUCAGUUUCUAACCAAGGAAUCAUAAUGAGUCUGGGAAUUACUGCAGUAGGCUCAGCUGGUACAGUGUUUAAGAGACUGAUUGUCUGAGUUCUCAUCUGAGACAAUAACACUCAUAUCUAUAUUUCAAUAACGCCUGCAUCUAUAUUUCCUUAUUUGAAAAUACUUGAUAACGCUUACCUGAGGAUAAAGCGUUAACCUUUGAAAAUGUGAGAGGAGCAUUGAAGUGUUGGAAGACAGCAGAAAAAUUAAUCUUGUUGAAGCUCUUAAUUCCCUGUGAGCAUGGGGCAACGUUUUUGAAAAUAGUCAAAUCCAAAGAAGAUUUUGAAAGACUUUGACGUGGAACCAGAGUGGUCUAAUGACUUCUUUGUUCCCCACUUGAAUUAAAAUACUGCAAAGAAAAUCUGAAAAGCAUUAUUCUGUGUGUAGCACAUCACUAACCAGUCUGAAUUAGAUCUAAGAAACGUAUGGGUAACUCACACCAGAAGCUUCAUGGAAUGACUGCCUGCAUGGAUUUGAAUGGCAGGAGAAGCAGUGACUGCAGAUUGUAGAAAUGGCAUUUAAAGGCACAGUCAAAGUGACAAGAAAAAUCUGAGCUAUUCAUUUUCUCACAGCUGGCAAUGAAUGUGACUUUCAUUUUCUAUCUGCUGGAGACCUUUGGAGGGAAAGUGUUGCUGCAAGUAUUUUUCAGAGAUCUUUUGUUUUUAAAGAUUUCCUUUAUGCUUAAAAAUCCUCAAUAUUUUUAUGUGUAUUCUUUUAUAAGGCUCCUCUUUCUUUAGAUAAUUUCUACCUCCAGAAUUUCAAUUCCUGAACCUUAACUCUCUGCCAUGAGACAAGGUUGGAAGAUUUUCAUUAGUUAUGAAUUUAGUAUGAGUGCUAUUUGAUUGCAAUACUGAUGAACACACAAAGGUGCCUGCUAAAUAAGAUAUACUUCCCACAAAAGAACACCUAACAUA